CACCGCUCUCUCCCUCCCUUCUCUUCCUCCCUCUGUCCACUUCAUGGAGCUCUCACUCUCACACUCAUCUUCUUUAACAAUUUCAGCGGUAACUGCUCCCUGCAAUACUUAUUCAAUCCAAACUAAGAUACCCGUUAAGCCCAAGUGCAAAUCCUUUGAGUUGCUGCUGAAAUGCUCCGAGAAAGGGCCUUCACUUGGGCUGUACAGUAGCAGAAUUGGCUCUAAACAUGCACCAAAACGAUCCCAGAGGCGUAACUCCAUCUGGGCCUCAUCUGAUAUUGGAGCAGCUGGAUCUGAUCCAGUGCUGAACAAAGUGUCAGCUUUCAAAGAUGCAUGCUGGAGAUUUCUUAGGCCCCAUACUAUACGUGGAACUGCUUUAGGAUCAGUUGCUUUGGUAGGGAGAGCAUUGAUUGAAAACUCAAACCUAAUUAAAUGGUCACUGCUGUUGAAGGCAUUCUCUGGUCUCGUGGCUCUAAUUUGUGGGAAUGGUUUUAUAGUUGGCAUCAAUCAGAUCUACGAUGUUGGCAUUGACAAAGUAAACAAACCUUACUUACCAAUAGCUGCUGGGGAUCUUUCAGUGCAAUCUGCAUGGUCAUUGGUGAUAUUUUUUGCUGUGACUGGUCUCUUGAUUGUUGGAUUAAACUUUGGCCCAUUCAUCACUUCCUUAUACUCUCUUGGCCUUUUUCUGGGAACCAUCUAUUCUGUUCCUCCACUUAGAAUGAAGAGAUUUCCUGUGGCUGCAUUUCUUAUAAUUGCAACGGUAAGGGGCUUUCUUCUUAAUUUUGGUGUAUAUUACGCCACAAGAGCUGCCCUUGGACUCUCAUUUGAAUGGAAUGCACCUGUGGCUUUUAUUACAACAUUUGUGACAUUGUUCGCAUUGGUCAUUGCUGUUACAAAAGAUCUUCCAGAUGUAGAGGGAGAUCGCAAAUUUCAAAUAUCAACUUUAGCAACAAAGCUUGGAGUUAGAAACAUUGCAUUCCUUGGUUCUGGACUUCUGCUGGUAAAUUAUAUUGCUGCUAUAUUGGCAGCAAUUUACACUCCUCAGGCUUUCAGGCGUAACUUAAUGAUACCUGCACAUUUAAUCUUGGCAUCAUGCUUGAUUUUCCAGUUAGAUUAUGGCAAGUUAGAUUUGUAUUUAGAUUCUGAUAAAACCCCAGGAUUAACAAACAACAAGCAACCAAUAAAUCAGACAAUGCACCAAUUCUCAAGUGUUUUCACAAGACAGAUUUGGAUGGAUUUAAUCAGAUUGAUAUUAAGAACUGAAAAUGGUAAAUAA